CGCACUGUUUCCAUGCGUGGAGCCGCAUAACAUCGGGAGAUUUCACAGACGGACACUUUCAACCCGUCCUGCUGUUUACUGAAGGUUUAUUUUCGUGGAUGUGAACGCGAACGGUGAAAAGAGCGAAACUCUUUUGAAAAGAGCGUGUUGUAAAGGGCUUUAAAGUUUGAAAUACUGUGCCGGUGCACGAGAUGUUGGUUUUGACAUCCGUUAUUGAUUGUUCGGAUUAAUUGCGCAGAGUGACCGUCUUUUUAAAACACUUCCUUUUCAUUCAGACGUUUUGGAUAUAUUUAAAACUGAAACACAAUGGAUUUGUUGACAGUGACAUGACAAUGACGUUUUCCUUAAUGAAAUCUUUUUUUCUUCAAAACAGCUGAACAUUCAGUGUCAGUUACUGUAUUAUGAAGCAUGAAUUGAAUUUCUGUUACAAACAAAACAAGACAAAUAUCAUCUGCAUGGCACUGGGUGUACUAAUAAUUAUAAGACUUUCUUGAGGUUAUCACAAUGGCCCACUGCAUAAAGAUCAUGAUUGUGCUUUUCCAGCUUACGAUUGCUGGAUCUUCACUGGAGAUUGGAGCAUAUGAUUUGGAGCGCGGCCGUCCGUCAAAAUGUGAACCCAUCACCAUUCCCAUGUGCCAGGGAAUCGGCUACAACAUGACACGGAUGCCCAACUUCCUGAAUUAUGAAAGCCAAGAGGAAGCUAGCAUUAAACUGAAUGAAUUUGCUCCUCUGGUGAAGUACGGAUGUGAUGUCCACCUGCGAUUUUUCCUGUGCUCUCUGUAUGUGCCAAUGUGCGCCGAUCAAGUGUCCACCACUAUCCCAGCAUGCCGUCCUAUGUGUGAACAGGCAAGACAGAGGUGUUCACCCAUAAUGGAACAAUUCAGUUUCAGAUGGCCGGACUCAUUGGAUUGCUCAAAGCUGCCAACCAACAACGACCCGAACGCAUUGUGCAUCGAAGCUCCCGAAAAUGACACUCAACCUGUGACUAAGAAAGGUGAGGGAAUGCUGCCAGUUCUUCCGAGGUCCAGGGAACCCACAGCAGGGAGUGGACGUACUUCAAGCGGCUUGCGGUCCUGUGAUAACCCGGAGAAGUUCCAGUACGUGGACAAGAGUGAGUCAUGCGCGCCUCGUUGUACUCCUACGGUGGAUGUCUACUGGUCUAGGCAAGAUAAGGACUUUGCAUUCAUUUGGAUGGUGGUGUGGUCAACGCUUUGCUUUGUUUCUACAGCAUUCACAGUUCUUACCUUCCUCCUCGACCCGCAGCGCUUCCAGUACCCUGAACGCCCCAUCAUCUUCCUCUCCAUGUGUUACAAUGUCUACUCUGUGGCCUUCAUCAUCCGCUCGGUGGCUGGGGCUGAGAAUAUCGCUUGCGAUCGGGAAAACGGAGAGCUCUACAUUAUCCGAGAGGGUUUGGAGAGCACAGGUUGCACCAUAGUCUUCCUCAUCCUCUAUUACUUUGGCAUGGCCAGCUCCAUUUGGUGGGUCAUCCUCACCCUCACUUGGUUUCUUGCAGCUGGACGAAAAUGGGGCCACGAGGCUAUUGAGGCGCACAGUAGCUACUUCCAUAUGGCCGCCUGGGGUAUUCCUGCGGUAAAGACCAUAGUCAUCCUCACUAUGAGGAAGGUGGCUGGGGAUGAGUUGACGGGAUUGUGUUAUGUGGGCAGCAUGGACAGUAAUGCUCUCACUGGAUUUGUCUUGAUCCCUCUAUCCUGUUAUCUCGUUGUUGGGACUUCUUUCAUCCUUACAGGGUUCGUAGCGCUCUUUCACAUCCGCAAAAUCAUGAAAACCGGUGGCACCAACACAGAAAAACUGGAGAAGCUCAUGGUUAAGAUUGGAGUCUUUUCCAUUCUCUACACGGUGCCUGCUACUAUUGUCAUCAUAUGCUAUUUCUAUGAAAGGCUCAAUAUGGAAUACUGGAAGUUCAAAGCUCUGGAAAACAAGUGCGUGUCCUUUCCUGGUCGCAGGAGCGAGGACUGCACCUUGGACUUGUCAGUUCCCACAGUGGCUGUGUUCAUGCUGAAAAUUUUCAUGUCAUUAGUGGUGGGCAUCACUAGUGGGGUUUGGGUAUGGAGUUCAAAGACACUUCAGACCUGGCAGGGGUUGUGCAACAGGAGAUUGGCCGUGCAAAUGAACCGCAAGCCCUGCUCCAGUGUCAGCUGCAGCAGCUCCCACUGUCAUUACAAAGCACCGGCUGUGACACUUCACACGAAUAAAACAGACAUGUACACAGACAGUCCCACACAUGUUUGAGACUAAAGGCCUCUUCUCUGGAGCCAUGCACAGACUUUUGAGGCUAAUAUCAUGAUGAAAUUCUCAGUUUCGAGUAAAGUCACAACAUUUUUAAGGGGUGGCAUUCAUAAGCCAUUCCUUGACAUAGAGGUCACUUCAUUAAAAGUGAAGGUUUGUGUAAAUGCAGCAAAUUGCAGAAUGCUUUAUUUAUUGUGGAAAUUUAAGGUGUAUAGUUUUAUACUGUAUGUGCUAUACUGUAUAUAAAGAAGAGUUUUAAAUAAUUUUACAGUAUGUUAUUUUUUUCUCAAAAGAGGAGCAAUAAAGCAUUUCUUAUUAUUUGUUUUCUCUGUUAAAGUUUUUAAAAUGUUUAUUUUGUGAUAAAGUUUCACCAGUGUUACAUGCAAAAUGUACAUGUAAAUCUUUUUUUUUUAAAACAUUUUUGAUUAAAAUGGAUUUUAAAUGGUAGAAAUAAAGUACACAUUUAUUAAGUUUAGUAGGAAUAAUUUUCUAUACAGUGAAAAAUAAAAAAGUUUAUUAUUAUUAUUAUUAAUUUUCUUUGCCAAGUGUGUAUUAUUUAAAACACUAAUUCAGUACUGCAUUCAGUUCGAUUUAUAUAAGAAUAUAAACUACUGAAAAAUCAGGAUCACAAUUCUCAAUCUUCUCUGAUAACACAUCUGCCUAGCACCAAAUGUAAAGUAAGUGAUUAUGUUACAACGGGAUCCAUUUAUGUUUACAGUUGUCAAAUCCUCUUACAAAACCACCAAGCCAACUUACAUUAAAGUGCGAAGUUGCAGUCAGCUGAGAAUGAUACUGCUAUACAUUUAUGAAAAAUGAAACUUGUUUCUUUAGCCUAAUUCUUUUAACCUUUUUUUUAAACAUACAUUUAUGAUUUGUUUUCUGAAUGUACAAUUCUGCGAUUAGGAGAUCAUAGGCUGAUGAAGAGGAGAUACUGUAUGUUUAGAGUAGUUCUGUACAUAUCUCAUAUCAGACUUUUUUUACUGUUUUAAUGUCUUAU